AUGUCAAAACGCUCGCAUUCAGAACUUGACAACGAUGAAUAUCAAGACGAACAAACUCCGUUUGAACAGGUGAAUAAUGACGAUCGAUUAAUAGACUCGAGUGUUCUUCUGAGCUUACUACGGUUAGUGCUUACAAGACACGCACGAAAUCAGAGAAUUCGGAAGGAUCACUUAGCGCCAAUUCUUCAUCGCCAUAAUCUCAAAGGCAACAUUAUCACAUGGUUCAAUUCACUCAAGAAAGAAUUUGAAGAUUUAUUCGGUAUCACACUUAUAAUGUCGGGAAAUGAGAUAUUCCUUCUGAACAACCUUCAAUUGUCAUCCAGAGAGGCUUUAGAUAGGCUUCUAAAGAGAGAAGAUGUGGGGAUCAAUCAAGCAGAUAGCAAUUUCAAUGAUUUAUUAUAUCACAUGUCAAAUCACAAACGAAAAGAUGUUAUUGUGAAUACACCCGAGACUAUCAUGGCUGGGAUAGUGAUUUUGAUUAUUUCAGUUAUUGUUGUCAACGAGAAUAGGGUCAGGGAAACCAAUCUACUUGAAGUAUUGGAUGGUUUUGGGCUUUCAGAAAACCUUAGUUCAAUUGUAGCCAACAUCAACAAGAAUACUCAAGAUAUUCUCUCCGAGUUAGUGCGAAGGGAAUACAUCGGGAAGCUUGUUACAGGAGCAGACCAAAAUUCUCAAGUUGACUAUUGCUUGGGAAAAGCUGCUUUAAGAGACAUAGAACCGAAAUCCAUUCUUAGGUUCCUACGAGGUCUAUUUAACCAUGAGGAUAUGCACUUAAAAUGUUAUAAGACUGUCCAAAGAUGCUUUCCUGAAGCAUCUCUCUCUGAGCCAGUAGCGAGAGAUUAA